AUGUCCAAGGCAAGCGGCGACCAGCAGUCUACCCUCCGACACCUGAAAGAGCUUUGCUUAAUCCUCGUCGACAAGGCAUUCGGCCAGAUCGGAGCUGCUAACAAGAUCAAGCAAAUCUUCUCCUACCUCGCCGACCAUGGCCGUCAGCCUCUCGCUGUUAUUAAGCAGUACACUCGCAUCCCACUGCGCCGACUCAAGCUCGCCCUCGGCAUCUUGAUCCAGCAUCACCUCAUCCGCCACUACUGUCAAUCAGAAGAAUACGGCUACCCGACUCAGUUUCAAGUGGACUGGAAGUCUGCCUACUCCAUCGUCCGCGCUCCCAAGUUCCUGAAGCUCGUCAAAGACAGAGAAGGUGAAGUCGCAGGUGAUGUCCUUGCCAAGGUUCUGCAUGCCGGCCAUGCAACUGUCGAUCAUCUUGCAGACGAGUACGUUCCGGAGAGGAUUGCGAAGGCGAAACAGCUCAAGAAGCAAGCUGCGAAGGAGAAGGCUGCUAAGGACAAAGCUGCGAAGCGGGACAGCGGUAUCUCGAACGGCAAGCCGAAUGGAGAUCAAGCUGGCGCGAGCAAGGAGGGUGUGAACGGCAAGCCGAAACUGAAGCUGAAGACCACGACGGCCGACGACGAGUCCAUGGACAAGUCUGAAGACGAAGAAGAGGUUGAUGGCUCUCAGAAUGGCCUUGAUGACAACGAGGAUGACAGUGAUGAGUCUCCUAAUGGUGACGAUGAAGACGGGGUUGCCAAUGAUCAGUCUCCGAAGGGCAAUGGUGAAGACAAGGAAGACGCUGGCCCAUCCUUGAGAGAGGAGCUCAACUUCGGCAAAGCUGGUGACGACGCAGAGUACGACGACUUCGACUACGAGUCUGAUGAUGAGUCUCGCCUGACCAUGUCAGAGCCAGAACUUCACAUACUUCUGCGCAAGCUGUUGAAGGAAGGCUACCUCAACAAAGUCGGGCCUCGCUCGUUCAUCCCUGAAGCUGACCUCGAUGAAGAGAUCAAGGAGACGAUCAUCAAGGAGCGUUUUCCAGACGGAAGGAUCACCGGCCCGAAGACAGGUCCACAGUAUCAGGAAGCUUUCAACAGCCUCAAGCGCAAGUACGAGGAAGAAGAUGCGUACAAUGAAGUCACCGAUGCAUCUCAUGGCGAGAUCAAGAGGCCGAGACUGAAUGGCAGUCUGACCAACGGAGAUCAUUCCGAGGCCAGCUCAACCGCGGCGAAUGAUCCUCCGUUCAUGAAGCUUUCGGAGGACUUGGUUGUAGGUGUGAACUACGACAAGAGCGCUUUGAUGCUGCGCAGCAUCAAGCUCGAGGCCCUAGCAGAACGCUCCGUCGGCUCUGAGACGGGUGCUGUCUACGGCAUCAUCUUGCGACAGCUUGAGAACUCGGUCAAGUUCAAGAAGGAGCUCGACAAGGUCAAGAAGGAAGAAUUUGAAGAUGAGGGCCAGAACGGGGGUGAGGGCCAGAACGCCGGCGAGCGUGAGAACCAGAAUGAGGGCGAGAAUGACGGUGAAGGCGAGAACGAAGGUGCGAACGAGGGUGCGAACGAGGGUGAGGGUGAGAACAUCGUUGGUGUCAACGGCGACGACGACGACGACGACGACGAAGAACCGUUGCCUUCUAUCACCGACGGUGCGGUCCUCGAACAUCUCGACGAAUUGACAGACCUCGAGUCAACUCUCAAGCGUGGCGGGCCCCUUAGUCCGGAGAUCAAAAUGGAAGGCAAUGACGGCGACGCACCUCAGGCUGCCUCCAACGGCGAACCGGCGACCAAUGGCCAGCAAGCAUCCGACGUGCCCAUCAAGGCCGAACCGGACGCCGACCCGGACGCCGACAACGAAGGGGCGGCUGAAGAUCCAUUCAUGGCAUCUCUCAAAGCCCGCAACCGCCGCCUCACCCACCUCGAAGAGCACCUCGAAGUUCUCGCCGAACAGCCUGGUGACUUCCUCAGCCAUUCUUCCACCACGCACGAAUCCUUCCUCAACAUCACGCAGCUCACAAAGAACGUGAUCGCCUCCGAACUCGACAGCGCCAUCAAAGCGCGCUUCGGCAAGAACGCUCACCGCAUCGUCCGCCUGCUGCGCGAGAAAGGCAAGCUCACCGACCUGCAGGUCGCUGUCACUGGUUUGGUUGACAUUAACGAUGUCCGAACCAUCUUGACGAACCUGCAGUUCAAGGGCUUCCUCGACAUCUCCGAGUUGCCAAAGGACAACACGCGCCAGCCGGCCAAGACGCUGUACCUGUACUCGUGGCUCCCGAAGCAAGCGAGGCGUCUGGUAAUGGAGAGCACGUACAAGACCAUGAGUCGGCUGCUGCAGCGCAUCGAAGUUGAGCGCAAGGGCAAGUACAAGAACAUCAUCGAGAAGGGCGAGAGGGCCAAGACGUGGGAGGUUCAGACGCUGUCCGACCAAGAGAAGACGCUGCUCAAGGAAUGGAACGAUGUCGAAGAGAAGAUGAUGGUGCAGGUACAGAGGUGUGACGAUCUGGUUGCCGUGCUGCGCGAUUUUGCGGGCGAUGGGCCGGAGUUGAAGUACUGA